AUGUUGCUUUUGUUCGGGAGCGUGUGCCUGUGGAUGCCGCUGCUGGCGGAGGUGGUGGCAGACGACAGUUACCUGAAUGAAGUGCAGAACUCAGUGCCCUUGUCCUGUUCCGAGGGCUUCACUGAGCUGGGGUAUUACAAUGGCACCGUGUCGCAGACGGACUCCGGCGCCCCCUGUCUGAAGUGGACGGAGUUUCCUGACUAUGUGAUGCAGUACCCGGGGAGGGGGCUCGGGGACCACAGCUUCUGCAGGAACCCCGACCGAGAGUCCAACCCCUGGUGCUUCUUCAGGCAGAACUCUGGAGCCAUCGGCUGGGCCUACUGCGACUGCCACCAGGGAGCGGUCCAUUUGGUGGGCGGUUCCUCUCACAGCGGUCGCGUGGAGGUGUAUCUGAACGGCCAGUGGGGGGCAGUGUGUGACUCUCACUGGACACACAGAGACGCCAGUGUGGUCUGCAGACAGCUGGGACUCGGUGAUAUUGGCACCGCCCUGCAGCGCUCUGACUCCGCCUCCUCAGAGUCCGGCUCAGGCCUGUUCCAUUUCGAGCGCCUCGGUUGCCGCGGAGACGAGGACGGCGUGAGCUCCUGCCGCAGCCGGACCUUCGUCACCGGAGACUGUAGCCACGGAAACGAGGCUGGGGUCAUCUGUGCCCCUCCUGAAGGUGACGGCCCUCCCCUUCGCCUGGUGGGGGGAGAGGAGGACUUUGAGGGACGAGUGGAGGUGUUUUACGGAGGAAGGUGGGGUUCCAUCUGUGACGACCAAUGGGACGAUCGGGACGCGGAGGUGGUCUGCAGACAGCUGGGCUUCAGCGGUGUGGCCAAGGCCUGGUCCUGGGCGCAUUUCGGGCAGGGAACCGGGCCGAUCCUCCUGGACGCGGUCAGAUGCACCGGGAACGAGCUCUUCCUGGGUCAGUGUCGCCGUGGAGACUGGGAACAACACAACUGUGACCACAUGGAGGACGCCGGGGUGUCCUGCAGCCCCUAUACAGACGGCGUUGUGCGUCUGGUGGGCGGGGAUACUCCGUGGGAGGGCAGAGUGGAGGUUUUACAUAACGGAGACUGGGGAACGAUUUGUGACGACCACUGGACCCAGCAGCACGCACAGGUGAUCUGCAGACAGCUCGGAUACAGGGGCCACGCGGAGGUGGUGUCGGACGGGACGUUUGGCGAGGGCGUCGGUCUCAUCCUAUUGGACGACGUUCGCUGUGAGGGGUCAGAGGCGUCUCUUCUGGACUGUCCUCACGGGGUCUGGGGCCGGACAGACUGUGCCCACAGUGAGGACGUGGGGGUCAGAUGCAGAGGGCGAACCACCAGCCCCGACCCCAAUGAGACGCCUGUAAUAGCGCCGUCUACAGGUCCGCUGGUGCGUCUGGUGGGGGGCAGGUCUCGUGCGGAGGGCAGGGUGGAGGUGUAUCUCCAUGGCGAGUGGGGCGGGAUCUGUGACUCUGGAUGGAACGACCUGAACGCGGCGGUGGUCUGCAGACAGCUCGGACACAGUGGCAGAGCCGUAGCCGCCGCGGGGUUCGGUCAGAGCAAAGGCCCCGUUCACCUGGACCGGGUCAGGUGUACGGGGAAGGAAGAGUUUUUGGGGGAGUGCCCGUCUUUGGGUCAAAGUUCACAGGGCUGCAAACGGAGGCAGGACGCGGGGGUGAGCUGUGACGUACAACCCCACGAAGAGGAGCGAUCCCAGGGACAGGAGGCGAGCUGUGGCCUGCGCAAACUGGAGGGGAACGCCAAGACCGGAGAAGGCGACAUCAUCAGGAACACGUGGCCGUGGCAGGUGUCUGUGUGGACUCAGUCUCAGGAGGGACUCGUGGCUCUCUGCAGUGGGACUCUGGUCAGCUCCUGUUGGGCCCUGACCUCUGCGUCCUGCCUCACCAGGGCGAUCCCUCACUCUUCCCAUAUUCUGAUCCGGGUCGGUGCCACUGUCCAGACCCUCGUCCCCAAACAGGUGGUGGUUCACAGGAAGUUCAAGGGUCACCGCGGGCGACACGACUUGGCUCUGAUCCGACUGCUGAGCCCCAAAGGAAACUGCAUGUCCCUGGAUCCAAACUCCAACGCGGCGUGUCUCCCCCUGGUGGAGAGCGGAGACAAGAGCAGCCUCUCCUCGUGUGUGGUGACGGUGACGGCGGCGUGGAACAGUCCAGAGCCGGUGUUUGCGACCUGGGUCCCUCUCAUGUCGUCUUGGCAGUGUAAAAAACAAUAUGGCGACUUUUUCUACAGCCACGACAGCAUCUGCGCGGGCAGCCCCCCCAACACCACCCGCGCCCACGGCGAGGGCUGCGACAGCGGCUCCGGGGGAGGCCUGGUCUGCCUCAACGACUCGGGACGAUGGGUGUUGUCUGGGGUCGUUGCCGGGGGUAACGGGUGCAACGAGCCCGCCUCCCCUUCGAUCUACACGCGGGUCGGGCGUUUUAGAAGCUGGAUCGAUGAUGUAAUAAAUGUCAAAACGCAAGAAGAAGACGUGAUGAAUGAUUUUAAAGUUGAAGAUUGUUCCCACGACAACCGCGACCACGACGACCACAACGGCGACCACAACAACCACCACAACGACCACAACAACCACAACAACCGCUACCACGCCAACCACAACCACAAUGACCACAACAACCCUGAUGACAUAACAACCACUACCACACCAGACAACCAUGACCACAACAACUGCAACCACACCAACCACAACCACGACGACCACAACAACUACAACUGCAACCAUGCCAAUCGCGCAAACCACUCCCAUGCUAACCAUGAUGACCACACCAGCCACAACAGCAACCACGUCGACCACAACAACCACGGGCACGAGAACCACUACAACUGCAACAAUGACAACCAUGACCGCAACCACCGCAAUGACCAUGGUAACCACGACAACCACGGCUACGACGACCACAACCGCAACAGCCACUCGAACAACAAAUACAACCAUGACGCCAACCACAACCACGCUAACUACGACUACCACAACUACAACAACCACGCCAGCCACAACCAUGACGUCCAUGAUGACCAUGGCCAUGGCAACCACGACAACCACAACACAACAACCAGGACAACUAUGACCAUGGCAACCAUGAACAUGCCUACCCUGACAAAUGCAAUCAUGAAGACCACGACAACCACAACCACCUCUAAAAUGUACAGCAGUCGUGUUUCAGACUCUCAGAUGCAGCUCUGA